AUGUCCACGGCCGACUUUUUGAUUGGACAGAUGGCAGGGGAAAACGAGAUCGACCCAGUACUGUUUGACCCUGCCCAUCGAUCCUUCACUAGGUCUCCUCAGGCAAACUUCUUCGACGAUGGAACGACUCAUACGCUGCCCUAUCCGUUGUCAGGACUGCCAGGAGGACCGAAAUCUCAACCUGCCCCCUUCGAAAAUCAACUUGGGGGACUCAAAGGGAACCUAUACCCUUUCAGCAACGGGUGCCAGUAUCCUCCGACCGCAUUAGACCCCGUUGUCGACACCUCUGGCGCAUCUUCCAACAUUAAAGGCCAAGGCACUGACUCCCAGACGCUGUCCCCUGACGACACUUCCAAGAAAUCUCACAAGCCCAGCAAAAAGGCAUCCAAGAAGACGACAGAAACGACGACAAAAUCAUCAAAACAGAAGCCCUCUGCGGAAACAAAAACAAGCACAGCCCCCAAGACACGAAAACAGCCGAAACGCGAGGCAGCCAAGUCCAAAACACAACCAACCGAGGAACCGAAGGAGAAAAAAUCCAGGAAUCGACGCCAAAGAUCCCUUGAAAGGAACCGCGUGGCCGCGUCAAAAUGUCGAAAGCGAAAGAAGCAGUGGACUGAUAACCUGGAGCAGAAGAAAUCCGGGCUCGAAUCCAUCCACAACGAGCUACAGGCCGAGUAUAUGCAACUUUUGCAGGAGUCGUCCCAGCUUAAGAAUUUCCUGAUAGGCCAUUCGGGAUGUCAGGAUCCGAACAUCGAUGUAUGGAUAAAGAACGAGGCGUCAAAGUUUGUUCGCAACCUUCACAUGACAAACCGCGUAAACAGUGUUUAUUCUGUUCCAAGUUUGGAUGGAAAUGGUUCGACUUCACUGAAUUCAUCGAGUGCCAGUCCAGUGACGGGAAUGUCCCAAAUGUCACCGGAUCUUGAAAACGAAGGCUUGGACAGCGACGAAUAUUCGGACGAAGGAGAUGCUUUUGAUGGAGAUUUUGAAGAUUGA